AAAAUCUUGGGGCUGGGUCACCUGAACAUAAAGCUUUUGUGGCCCUGGCUUUGCACCUGUCACCUUGAACUGGUAUAUCUCCCUCCUCCCCCAGGGAAGACAUCACUAGUUGAUCAGAGCAUUCCAACUGCUGAGCCCUGCUGGGGCCUCAGAAUCUUUCCAUGGGGCACCUGCCAGCCAUCACCAAUCAAAUCCAAGGUGGCAGUUGAGAUUAAACGGACGUUUCAUUCCCGGCCGGUGCCUGGGUGGGGUGAAGAGGCGCAUCAGGAAGGUGCUGAGGACACAGUCAAGGUCAGCUCGGCGCCCUUCCCCGGAGCUGUCGGCCACCAGCAGAACCCGCCCUCUUCAUGGACAGCCCCGUGCAGUGGCCCCCUGGUGAUGGCAUCCGACAGUGACGUGAAGAUGCUGCUGAACUUCGUGAACCUGGCGUCCAGCGACAUCAAGGCAGCCCUGGACAAGUCCGCGCCCUGCCGCCGCUCCGUGGACCACCGCAAGUACCUGCAGAAGCAGCUCAAGCGCUUCUCCCAGAAGUACUCCCGGCUCCCGCGGGGCCUGCCCGGCAGAGCGGCUGAGCCCCACCUGAAGAGAGGGCCCGAGGACCGGCCCGGGAGGCUGCUGCUCGAUCCGGGCCCCGAGUCCGGCCCCGGCGGGGGUGGGGGCUGCAAGGAGAAGGCCCUGGGGAAUCCCUACGGCGAGGAAUGUCUCUCUAAGGAGCAGGUCCUGCAGGGGCAGAGUCCAGAAGCCGCCAGGCCUGGCCAGGUGCCCAUGAGGAAAAGACAGCUGCCCGCUUCCUUCUGGGAAGAGCCGAGGCCCACCCACAGCUACCCCGUGGGGCUGGAGGGAGGACUGGGCCCCAGGGAGGGACCUCUCUAUGAGGGAAAGAAAAAUUGCAAGGGCUUGGAGCCCUUGGGGCCCGAGGCUGCCCUGGUGCCCAUGUCCCCCAGGGCACUGGCUGAAAAGGAGCCGCUCAAGAUGCCUGGCGUGUCCCUGGUGGGCCGUGGCAAUGCCUGGAGCUGCUGCCCCUUGCAAUACCAUGGACAGCCCAUCUACCCGGGCCUUCCGGGGGCCCUGCCUCAGAGCCCCAUCCCUGGCCUGGGCCUGUGGAGGAAAAGCCCAGCCUUCCCCGGGGAGCUGGCCCACUUCUGCAAGGAUGUGGAUGGCCUGGGGCAGGUGUGCAGGCCCGUGGUGCUGAAGCCCAUCCCCACCAAGCCGGCCAUGGCCCCGCCCAUCUUCAACGUCUUCGGCUACCUCUAGCAGGGCCCGAGGGCCUCGGCCCCACCUCCGGCCUGCAGGAGUGUCGGGGGCUCCAGGUGGGCAGCGGCGUGGCUUCCUGGGCAUUCCCAAAGCCUGUCCCUUUGUGUGUGGGGAGGCGGGCAGGACUGGGGCCGGGGCUCCUCACCCUUGCAGCCUUGUGGGGCUGGGCUCGGCGGGCCCCCUCCAACCGGGCCAGGCCCAGCAGCUCACCCGCCGUCCCUGCGCAGACCACGGGCAGGGGGACUGGGCCCCUGCCUGCCUGCCAGCCACCCCAGAAGCCAGUUACACACCUGUUCAUCUGCCACCCACUGUGCGAGCCAAUCUCAGUUGUUCUUUUUGUUCUUUGUAAAUAUUAAGAAGGUUAAAUGAAUAAAGACAUUUCGUUUACAGUU